AUGGGUGCUCUAUUAUCUCUGCCGCUGAUGGCGAUACCGAGCAUGGGCACGAUCCUUACGGUCGGCGGCUCAUGCUGCGGUGCGGCAACUUGCUCUGCGGUAUGCAGCGCAUGUGGAAAAUUCCAGAACAGUAUGGCAACGAGAAUCGCUUACGCCUUUAUCCUCUUGGUCAACUCGAUUGUCUCUUGGAUCAUGCUCACACCAUGGGCACUGAAGAAACUGCAACAUUUGACUCUCGAUUAUAUGGAAAUUCGAUGCGACGGCAAGGAAUGUCAUGGAUGGGUAGCUGUGCAUCGCAUCAACUUUGGUCUCGGUCUCUUCCACUUGAUACUCGCUCUCUUGCUCCUUGGUGUUAAGAGCUCUCGGGAUAGUCGCGCUGCUCUGCAGAAUGGGUUCUGGGGACCGAAGAUUAUCCUCUGGCUGGCAUUUGUUGUCAUGUCUUUCUUCAUCCCGGAGUCCUUCUUCUUUGUGUACGGCAACUACAUCGCUUUCUUCUGCGCUAUGCUUUUCCUCCUAUUGGGCCUGAUCCUGUUGGUGGAUCUUGCGCAUUCUUGGGCCGAGCUGUGUUUGCAGAAGAUUGAGGAUAGUGACUCGCGCAUGUGGCGUGGUCUGCUCGUUGGGUCGACCCUCGGCAUGUACUUGACAUCCAUGGUUAUGACAAUCCUGAUGUAUAUCUUCUUUGCUCGUGGCUCAUGCUCCAUGAACCAGGCUGCGAUUUCGGUCAACUUGAUUCUCUUCCUGAUCAUUUCCUUCGUCUCCGUGCAACCUGCUGUCCAGGACUGCAACCCACGGGCAGGCUUGGCUCAGGCUGCCAUGGUCACAAUUUACUGCACCUAUCUCACCCUAUCUGCCGUGUCAAUGGAACCUGAUGACAAGCACUGCAACCCUCUGAUUCGCUCCAGUGGUACUCGGACCGUCACCAUCAUUUUGGGAGCCAUUGUCACCAUGGCCACCAUUGCGUACACAACCACGCGCGCGGCUACUCAGGGCAUUGCGCUGGGAUCCAAGGGCGGCCACAGCUACGUGCAGCUAGAUGAUGACGAGCAUGGUCUGGUUACGCAGCAGCCUAACAGCCGCCGUGAGAUGCGGGCGGAAGCCCUCCGAGCCGCGGUUGAGAGCGGGAGUCUGCCGGCUAGCGCCUUGGAUGAUAGCGACGAUGAAGAUGAGUUCGAGACCAGCAGCAAGGACGAUGAGCGUGGUGCCACACAGUACAGUUACACACUUUUCCACAUCAUCUUCUUCCUCGCUACUACCUGGGUGGCCACCUUGUUGGCUCAAGGGCUAGAGGUUGAGACAAACGACAUGGACUUUGCGCCCGUGGGCCGGACUUACUGGGCUAGCUGGGUGAAGAUUGUCAGCGCCUGGGUGUGCUAUGCCAUCUACUUGUGGACACUGGUUGCUCCUGUUAUGCUGCCUGAUCGCUUUUGA